UUUAAAAAGACCUAUAGUCCCAAUGACUGCAUUUCAUCAGACCAGCAUCUCUGCUAAACUUGCAAAAAUGGCAUUUUUGGCUCUGGUUUUGGUAUUUUGUGCCUGUGUCUCUUUAAGUGAUUCCGCCUGCUCCUUGACACUUCUAGACCAAGGUGCAGAAUAUUGUGUCGAUGGCUAUGAUAACUCCAAGCAUCCAAUCGGAAGUACUUGGACAAACAAAAGAUGCAUCGGAUGUACCUGCUCCCCUGAGGAAAUGAAGUGCUGUGACGUGGUGGGCCGAGCGAUUAACCUAUCUCAAGGCUGCAUUGCGAAAUAUGAUUACAACAACAAAUGCACAUUUGAAGUGUUUAAUCCAACAAACCCCAACAUGAUAUGUUCUUAUGAUGUUGUUGGAAAGGAAUUCCAAUGAUCAAGUAAUGUGUCUAUUUUGGAUUAAAAUAAAUGUCAGCUGUUUUUGGAUCCAACUUGGACUUCACUGUAAAGAACACAUUGUACCCAUUUUCCUCAAUAAAAAUGAAAUCUUUGCAUAAGCUUUUUGAGUAUUUUGAA